AUGGUCGCAACGUCUGACAUCCCGGCCGACACCUCUGCUUCACUUCUCACCGCGCUCGCAGAUGAGAUCUCGUCCAGUGCGACUCUCCUAUCUUCGCACAUCGAAUCCAGGCGACUACCAUGGCCAUCUUUUUCCGCCGAUGGCCCCCGGCAGCCAAUUUGCGAUGACAAUGAAGAAGUCUCACGGGCACGCACUGCUCUCAUUGAAGCCACUAGAUCCCUCCACGCCCUCGCCGUCGGGCCAAUCUAUCUCCUCGGCGCAAUGCAAGUCCUGUGUCAUUUCGAGAUUCCACAGAACGUCCCGCUCCAAGGAACCAUCACUUUCCAUCACCUUGCCUCCAAGACCGGCUUAAGCGAAGCUCUUCUUCCACGCUUUCUGCGUAUGGCCAUAGCAAACUUCUACUUCACCGAACCUGAACCAGGUCUGGUCGCCCAUUCAGCCUGGUCCAAGCCACUCGCUACUGACGAGAAGAUGCGCGCCUGCAUCUGGUUUCGCCAUGCCGAGAUGCUCCCUGCCGUAUCCAAGCUCGUCGACAUGGUCAAGCGGUACCCCGACUCCCCUGAGCCACAGGACACAGCUUUCUCGCUGGCAUUCGGAGACGCCUUCUUCGGGUACAAAGAGAGACACCCGGAAAACAUGGUCCAAUUUGGACAAUUUGUUGACGCCUUUUCCGGUGGUAGCUCCGCCGACUCGGCGGAAAGCAUUGCGCGAGCCUACCCCUGGGAGACACUACCGAACAGAGCGCUCGUCGUUGAUGUUGGCGGUGGCAUCGGACAUAUCUCUGCUGCUAUUGCGCAGGCACAUCCUCAUUUGCGGUUUCAGGUGCAGGACUUUGAAGAUCUGAGAGGCGCGGCCGAGGAAUUGAUGGAGAGUAAGGGAGUCAAGGAUAGAGUCGAGUUCGUGUCGCAUAAUUUCUUUGACCCCCAACCAGAGCCAGCCAGAGGAGCCGCCGUUUACUUCAUGAGGAACAUUCUUCACAAUUGGUCUGACUUGUACUGCAAGCGAAUCUUGAAACCGAUUGCCGAAUCUAUGGGGCCGGAAAGUAGGAUCGUCAACUGCGAUAUUGUUUUGCCAGAGCCAAAUUCGGUGCCAAAGGCGCAGGACGCAGUGAUCAGGGCACUUGAUUUGACUAUGCUAUCGAUGUUCAACGCUAAAGAAAGAUCUACCGACCAGUGGAAGGAGCUGUUUGCGAGCGCCGAUGGCAGGCUCAAGAUCACCGACAUGGUAGGGAAGCCACGAAUGAGGAUGGAUAGCCUGGUUGAGGUUAGGUUGUUAUGUUGA